AUGAGACAAUUAUUGGUGUUGGUGACAGCGUUGCUGCAAACGUGCGACACAUUGAAAUGCUUCUCAUGCGCCUCAUAUGAGUACCGAAUACUCUUCGAGAAGGAUUCGACGUUGUCGCGAAAAGUUCGCGUACCGAAAUUCGAUAGACUAUGCGAUAUGGAGGACAUGGUUCAGGGAUUCGCGCCGGUCGAAAUGUGCCACUCAACAUGCGUCACCAUAUUCGAGCCGCAAUAUUUUGGGGGUCUUCAAUCCCUUCAACGCCCAUUUUUGUACAUUCGAGGGUGCGCCGAUCAAAUAUUUUCGGCGAUGGAAGAUCGACCAACUGAGGUCGAAUUCUUGCAUCGAAGUCCGAUUUGUCUGCGACUUCAACUAUCUCAAAUCUAUCCGCAAGUGCAAGCCAAUGAGAUUGUCGAAGUGUGCUCGUGCGACAAAGACGGCUGCAAUUAUGGAUCGAGCAAUUCGACCCCUUCAACCUGCUCGAUUCCAUUAUUUGUUCUCAUUGUUUUACACUCGUUUUUAUUGUGA